UGGUUGCGGAGUGUGCAGCCAGCCAGCUGUCCGUGUGUGCGUGCGCGCGCCGCGUGUCCCGAGUCACGGCGGCGGCCGCUCCGCCACGCCUCGUCUCACCUCGCCACGCCACCUGCUGACCGACGACUUCGAAGCCGAAACUUUCCGCCACUGAUUGAGUCCCCAUUGAGCAGAAGGCAUGACAUACCCAGCUUCAGAGGACCUAGAAGUCUUUUCCUGAGACGGUGUGAGAAUGGCUUUGGGUUCACUCUCAGGCACUUCAUUGUCUAUCCACCUGAGUCAUACACAGUGCUGCAAGGUGAGAAAAGAUUGGGUGUACAGCAUGGGCACCAUGGCGCUGCUCUUGAUGAGCCCAUGGACACAAUAUUUGUGAAGAAUGUAUAUGAGAACAGUCCAGCUCAUGCCGCAGGCCUUGCUACAGGGGAUCGCAUCAUCAGUGUGAAUGGUUUGGCAGUGACAGGCUGUAGCUACGCGCAGGUGGUGCAGACUAUACAACACAGCGGAAACUUCCUACACCUGCUUGUCGUGCCUAAGGAAAACGACCUACUGCAGCUGUACUUCGGUGAGACGGCGCACAACCCUGAGACAAACCGGCGGCCAUCACGGCUGCACUCACCAGGCCGUGGCAUGCUGCAGCAGGCGGCUCCACCGCUGCGGCAGUAUGCCUCCCCUCCACCAUACCGCCCAUUGCAACAGGAUCCUGACUUCCGUAGUCGACGUUCCAGUGAGGGCUGUGACCGUGACCAUAGCCCUUUUCGAUCAGAGCGUCGCACUAGUGCAGACAACUGGGGUGGAUACAGGGCAACAAACAGCAGGGUAGGACCAGAGAAUCCUUCCUCACAAGUUCCAGAAAGUCAGCAUUUCGGUAGUCAGGAUAGCUAUCUUCAACUGCCUGGUUGCCGGCGAAGCCUGGACGGUGGAGAUGGCGGAGGGGGAGGGGGAGGGGGUGGAGGAGGCAGUCGCAGAGAGUCAUCUAGCUCUCUUCCAAGUACAGACUAUCUUACACCUUCGGAUAGUAAAGACAGCCUGUACGGAUCUACAUCUACGCUUACAGGGGGACGCAGCAGUGAUGAUUCAAUUAUCAUUGACAGGAUACGGAAGAGCUUUGAGCAGAAAGAAGAAUUUUUGAGGCGGCCUAAUCAACCCAUUUCAUGGAGUGUCCUUGAAAAUGUGGUCAGAAAUCAGCAACAGCAUCAUCAGCAGCAGCAGCAACAACAACAGCAACAGCAGCUGCUCCAUCAUAAUCAUCAGCAGCAACACCACCUCCAUCACCAACAACAAAUUCAUCAACAGCAGCAACUUCAGUACCAACAGCAGCAGCAAAAUCAGUGUUACCAAAAUCAUCCACAGACUGCAGCCCAGAAUUCACAAAGCAGGGCAAUUAUUGCUAGGGAAUUCUAUGCCAGACCACAGAAAUUUCAACGUCCAGUGUGGCCACCAACUAAUUCUGCUUCGUCACUACCAUCACAAAUUGCUCCACCUAGUGAUGAAAGACAGGAAUCCCCAGUGAGAACCGCUGGUGCAAGAGUUAAUCAUGUGAGACCCUUGCAUCAGAGUCUCCGUCGUGUUAAGUCUGAUGUGGAUGCUGAGCGGCAGUCUUCGGCAUGUGGUAGUGAGGACAGCAGUAACCGUAGUGUGGCAGAGCACAGACUGCCAUUUGAAAGAGCGUCAUCUGAACCGUGUGAGGACAGGAGUGUAAAUAGGUCACAACAUAACUCUCUCAGUGCAAAGCUACCGUACAGUCCUGUGGUGCCCAUUGAGAGUGCAAAUUCUCAAGUGAGAAGUGUUCCUGCUGCAAACAGACCUGGAACGGGCAAGACACCCUUUGUGACUACACUGACACGCAUUCAUGAAAACAUACCUGCCAUUGACCGCAGACGAGAAUUUGCCAAUUCUCAGUCAGAAUUUGCAUUCCAGAAUCUCCAGCAGCCAGAUCAGAGAUCCAUUUCAAGACCCACAGAGGAUGGACCUAGGCGUGAGAGGUCCUGUGAACGUAUGCAACAAGUGCAACCUCAGCAGAAGGAAAAUGUGGCGGAAUGGCAAAGGCUUUCUCCUGAGCCUGAAUUACAACCUGUUUACCAACGAGCAAGGCAGUUUGAAGAAGGCCUUCUGGCGGAGGACCGCACCAGCUUGUACCGCAGUGAAUUGGCUCGUCUAUCUGCCAAGAAGAGUGUACCAAAUGUGGCUGUGCGAAAGCGUGAAUUUGAGUCACGUUCGACAGCCUCUCCUCCUUCGUCAUCUGCAGUAACCAGGGAAUCUCGAGAAUCGAGACGUACCACCCGUGAGAGCAGAUCACUAGAGAGUGCUGAACUCUCUAAGAAGAAGAAAGACGGUGAAUUAAUCAACACGGGGGUCUCAGGCAACCGUAUGAUUUUAGUAGGCAGUACAAAGCUACACUGUGAACCUCCUUGUGAUUUCAAGCAGUUUAAUGUUGCUCCAGAACCACCUAGUCAUGAGCCACUUGUGCGCUUACGUGCACGGUCCAACUCUGCUGAAUCGUGGGCUGCUGCAGCUCGAAAUCGAAUGGCAACAGCUUCACCAAGAUGGGAAGAUGAGGCAGCAAGGGGCCGUAGUUGUGAAAGGGAUAGAGAGAAGCUGUGGGACAGAAUUCAAGAACAGAACAAGGACAUUAAUGACAAGGAUAGAAACUUGGAAUGGGAUGCUGGAGAGGAGCCACCUCGACAUCGUGCUGUUAGACAGGAUUCUUACUUGGCUGCUGUGAGGACACCAUUUGGUACAGAACGACCCAACAGGCUCAUAACACACCAGACACCACAGUCUGUGACCGAGAAGGAGGGAGGACAUCCUGUAGUCUCUUCUGUGUGUUCUCAAAUAUCCCCUCCUCGACCUACUCAGUUAGAUAUACCCAAUCCUGCACGUCCUGCAGAAAUGGGUCCAGGUGCUCCGGCAGCUGAGGGAGAUGCAGUCAAAGGUAACACAGGCCACCCUAGCCCUCACGUACCUGUUGUCAUCAGAAGGCAGAAAGCAACAGAGCUAAUAGGUGAAGAAGAUCGUCAUGCGAGAAGAGUAUCCUACCUAAAGGCUACAUGGGGAGACAGGAUGCAUGUUGACAGUGACCUGGAGUUAAGUGACUCGGAAGCUCCAGUAUUUGUGGAACAGAGAAGAAGACAGCAGGGUUGGAAAUCUGCACAGUUAGUGCCUGAUGUUGAGCGACUUGUAAAAAUUGUUGAGGAAGUGCCACCUGUUAUUAUCACUUCCCAAUGUUACGGGGAAUCAAAUGCACCAGUGGAGAUCGGAGAUGAAGAAACUGAUGGCAAAUCUCAGGUGAUACGAGAAGGUUGGCUUCAGUGCAAGGUUUCACUCAUUGAAGGAAAGCGUUCAUCUGAUCGAUCAUGGCGCCAGCUGUGGGUUGUCCUUGAGAACACUGGCCUUAUAUUGUACAGGGCAGCAACUUGUUCAGAUGAAGAAGCACGUGUGCAACCACUGCAUGGAGUCACAGUGGAGGUGGCAGCUAUCACAGGUUACACCAAACGCAAGAAUGUUAUACGCUUGACAGUACCUACAGGCAGUGAGCUUCUGCUGCAAGCAGAGGAUGAGGUCACCAUGAAUGCAUGGCUGCAUGCACUCCAGGAGAGAGUGUCAACACCACAUCCUCACAUUGUCACUGCAGAUGAGGAGGAAGCUGUAAAAACACAGCAAACCUUUGGAAGCACUCAUCUGUCACCUCAACCUGCUCACAAAGGUAUCCGGAAGCUCACGUCAUUCAGAAACCGGUCACCUACAGGCCAAUCUCCUGUGAAUAAAACUCGCAAACCAAGCCAGUCAGAUCAACUGCCUUCACCAAAGUCAAAAACAUGGAAAGGCCGUGUUUAUCAGCAGUUCAAACGGAUACAGCAAGGUGGUGGUUCACCAAACUCACCAACAGCUCCUCAUCCAGAAGGUGCAACCAUUGGUAUCCCUCUUGAGGAGUGUCCUCCAUCCAAAUUCUCUGAAUAUGUUCCAUUGUUGGUGGAAAUGUGUACUAGUAUAGUUGACACAAGAGGCUUGGAUAUAAUUGGUAUCUACCGUGUUCCUGGAAAUACUGCAGCUGUUUCAUCACUCACAGAAAGCCUGAACAAAGGAUUUGAUUGGGAAAACAUGCAGGAUCCACGAUGGAAUGAUGUUAAUGUAAUAUCCAGUCUGUUGAAGCUGUUCUUCCGGAGGCUACCCGACUCAUUAUUUACAAAUGAGCUUUAUCCUAGUUUCAUAGAGGCUGAUAAAAUUGAAGAUUCAAACAAACGUUUUGCUCGUAUAAAGAAACUGGUGCAUGAGCUGCCAGAGCACCAUUUCGAAACGCUUAAGUACCUGAUGUACCAUUUAAAAAAAGUGGUUGCACAUAGUGAGACAAACAAAAUGGAAGCACGUAAUUUGGCUAUUGUAUUUGGUCCAACACUGGUUCGAGCAGCAGAUGAAAAUAUGGUGACUAUGGUAACAGACAUGUCACACCAAUGUCGUAUAGUGGAGUCACUGAUACAGCAGGUUGACUGGUUCUUUUCUGACUAUGAUAUUGAUGAUCCAAAUAACCUACCAACAAAUCUGCCACAGGAUUCUAAUGAAAUGGAAUCUGCUAAUCAGAAUUUAUUACUAAGCAACAUUCAAAAAGUGGAAGGCAUGAAGGGUGAUUCUCCGAAUAAGGACAUCAGUGCCAAAGACAUUGUUUCAUCAAUUAUAUCUGCAGCAAACCGCAAAAUGCAGAAAGCCAAAGCAAAGAAAACAACAAAUACAGCAAGUCUUGGUGUAGAGGAAGUAUUUGUGGACAGCCAGAACCACACUGAAGAAAAGCAGAGGGAAAACAGUAAUCAGGUUCAUGAAGGAGGUACACCAGAACAAGAUGAUGCCAUCUCUCAGCAUGUGGCAUCAGAUUCGCCUGCUGGCAGUGAUGAUAAAAUUUAUUCUAGAAUUGAAGAGGAGGAUCUUAAUAGAGAAAAGGAAAAUAUUAAUGUUAAUAGUAAUCCAGUUAAUCCGAUAUGUGAGAAGAUGCAUCCUGAUAUUAGGAAAUAUUUCAGUAAUGAUGAAACAACAUGGACUUACUCCGGAUUGUCAGCUACAACUCAAGAACGAAUACGAAGGUUUGAAUUGGAGACCAAGGCAAUGCUGCAAAGAGACCUGACACGGCAGAGGCACGAGCAAGAGGAACGUGAGAAGGAACGUAGAAGAAUCGAAGCAGAAUGGCAGCAGGCUAAGCGAGAGCUUGAGGGGGAUGACCCACUUGAUUCUCUUGCAGACAAUCCAUCAGAUAUCACAAACAAAAUUAAAAAGAGUGAUACCUCAGUGCAAUCUACAACAAGUCAGAUACACAAAGCAUCACCAGCAGCUGCAUUUUUAACCAACACAAUAAUGCAUCAGCAAGCACUUCAUGGAGCCCUCACAGCAGAAAGGAACAAUGGCAAGGAGACAGGCUCUACAGUUCCUUCAAAUAAAAGUACAACUGAUCUUCACCAUAAAAUGCUCAGUAAUGACACCUCACACAAACCAGAAGCUUCUGGGUCUCACAGCAGGAAACUGAAUGAAAGCCAGCCUCGAAAUUUAUUGAGACGCGGCAGCUCUGCAGAGAACCUGCAGGCACUUGAGGAGGUUUCUCAGAAAGGUGUUAUUAAUAGCAUGCUCAAGAGACUAAAGACUGAAAAGGAGAAUGUGGAGCUAUCUCAGCCCCUUACAUCUCUUCGUUGUGGAUCUCUGGAUUCGUUACAUGAAACUCACUUGACUGAACAUCCCACUGCAAGUGACAUAUCUGAUGAUGGUGGUUGCUUCUUCUCUUGGACCCGCAAGAUACUUGCGAUUAACAAAAAAAUCUCUAGGCAGGCAGCGGGGCCCGGCUUCUGGUGCUUCCUCUCUCAGUUGCCCCAGCCACAGCCACAGACACAGCCAGGCUCAGGGGUUGGAGGCAUCUGCAACAGUGCUGGCAGCAUCACCGGUCCCGGCCCCACGCCUGCGGCGGCAGAGGCACUAGGCAGGCUGCGCCGAGGAAGCGAUCUGCUGGCAAGCUUCACAUCAACCUUUGAUCGUAAGCUGAAAUCCCUGCUAAGCACCACGCAAGUGGCUGAAGAAGAUGAAAACAAGAUAUACCGUGAUCCAAGUCUCCACAGAGGGCGAUCUGUGCAUAGCUGGGAUGCAUGUGUGAAAGAGGGCUGUGAUGCAGAACUUCCAAGAUCCCAGAACAGAGAGUCCAGCACAGGACAGAAAAAUGUUUCAGAGCAUAAAGCAGUCCUUUCUGAUCUUAAGAACACAAGUAAUCUAGAAAAAGUGGACACACAAAGUGCUGAAAAAACAGAUCAAGGCCUUAUGUCUAAUUCAAAGACAAAAAGUUCUGAAUCAGCUGCUAAUAAUGAGAAAACUGACUUGACACGAAAUUCAAAAUUGAGGCGUUCGGGGUCUCUUACCAAAGCAGACAAGAGUGAAACAUUAGCUAACACAAAACUUAGAAGGUCGGAAUCGUUAACUAAAGCAGAAAGAUAUGAAUUAUUAUCAACUACAAAACUUAAAAGAUCUGAUUCUCUCACAAAGACAGAAAAGACUGAGUCAAACAACAGCAAGAGGAAACAAGAAAUGCGCACAUUGCGAGGCUACGGCAGGGAGAAGGAGAAUGUUGCCAUUUUGGUGAAACUCAAGCGAAAGAAUGGUAUGCCGGAACGAUCUAUUAAGCGUAGGCAUACUGUUGGUGGCACUAAAGACUUCGACAAAUUGCAUUGGGUGGAUAACAGAUUGCAGUACCAACAACAACAGUUAAAUGAGAAAGAGGAUAAAGAAAGACGCACAAGUUCACCAGAGCUCAGCAGCCAUAGUCUGCCAGAACCUAUACCUCCCCUAGAGUCUCAUGUCUGAAAAUACUGCAGUGUAGGAUGAUUGCACAUGCAAGUGAACUCAUUUAGUUUGGGUGUGUAAUUAACUCGCACACUCGGCCUCAUCCACUCAUCUGUAUUGUACCAAAUAGUCAGUGUCAAGAGUUCCUUCAGAUUUGUGUAAAUAAUCUGCAAAUCUAGUUGGGCUGGUAACAGUUUUAAAAUGGAAAUGAGUGUUAUAUUUUAAGAAUUGCUAUGGAUAUACAAUAUAUCAUUCUGUCUUUAUUGCAGUAGCCUUGAAGCUACAUAAAGUGUCAUUACUGGUGAUAUGUAGAGUAGUGUAUUUGCAAGAAAUUCAGAAUAUAUCUGCUGUAUUUUAGACUGGUCAAGUUUUAAAAAUAAACUUUUUAUAGUUAGUUUAUAUUGCGCUGUAGAGAAGCUGUUCAAACAUAUAUUCAUUUAAUGCCAUUGUAAAUUUGACAAAUUGACUGAGAAAAACAAUUUCAAAUUAAUAUUUGUAUCAAAUAGAAAGUUACUUUUGUGAUUUCUUUUGAACCAAAUAGUUUUGUUGCACACAUGCACGUUAUUUUGGUACAAGUGUUUUGCCUGGUAAACUUUACAAAAACAACUUACCUGGACUCUUACUCCAGAUAUAUAUGUAUUAGUGAGCAGAGAUGACCUGCACAGAAAGUAUUGUGAUAAAACCUUCAUAUUUUUCAAUGUAUUUAUUCCAUUGUUCUCGCAUCGAUUGUAAAUAAUAUGUUACUUUGGCUUUCUUCUGUUAAGUAGUAUCGAGACUUCAUAAAUUUUAAUAUAUUAAUUUUACCAAAAAUCCCCCUGAAUUAAACUGUUUCAUUUUGUAUUAUGUGUAACAGAUUCAGAGCUAUUUAUUUGCACAUAUGUCGUUUCCUACAGUUUGUUAAAAAGCUGUUGUUUCGGUUUCUGUAAGAGGAGGAUGAUAUUGUUUUAGUUUGAGCAUCACGCUAGCUAUAGUACAAAUUACUGAAUUGACUGCAAUAUUAAAAUUUAACAAUUCAUCUUCUUACUAUAAAUCGAUAUUUGUUGAGAAGAAGAAGAAGAAGAAGAAGAAGAAGCCUGUUGUGCAGAGUGUUCAUAGUGUUUGUAGCAGAAGUGUAGUGUCUCAAGAGUUGCAGUUCAUCAGCUUUGAAUGAGUAUAAAAAAGUGAAAUGUGAUAUUUGUUUUUAUUGUACAGUGUUAGAAAUCUAUAAAAUACUUUAUUUAUUUACAUGUAUAAAGCUAUAAAGUAUGAAAUUGUAAUUUCUUUUCUUCGAGUUAGUGCAAAUAUGUCAAUUAUAAAUAACGAAGAGAAUUAUUUUUUGUUUCACUGUAGGUUUUCAGUGAUACACAAUUAUUUUUACAGUGUUGCCAAUGUUGAUAUUUCCUUUUUUAAAAAAGUUAUCUUAAAUGCUUUUCAUAAAAAUAACUAGAAAAUUUCAUAUGAUGGAAGCAUAUGUUUUCAGUGUUGUUGAUAUCCACGUAGAUUAAUGUAUGAUUUUGUAUCAUUCGUAGAAUUAAUGUAGUAUGUCAAAAAUGCCUUAUACCAAAAACACCAAUGAUAUAUUUUGGGCGCUUUUGUUCUUUCAUAUUUGGUUCAUACUCAAUUGCUGUAAUAUUUUACAUGCAGAUUACAUCUGCAAUGUAACUUGCAGAGAUAGAGAGCUGUAAAUAUAUACUGAAACCGGUUGAAGGGAUGAGUCUGUAAAAAUGUACAUUAUUUAUACAAAAAUUUGUGUCUUUGUUUGAGACUUCGUCUGAUUCAUUGUUGCAAUAUACUCAGUGUGAAUAAAUAUUAAAUGUCUGGUGGUCCAUUUA